AUGUUUACUUACUACAACUCAAUAACCUACAACUCCAAAUGGGCCAGCAUCAUGGGGAAGAAUAAAAAAGUGUCCUUGACACAUGCAGAGGUCUGGGAUGAUUCUGCCCUAGUUCAGUCCUGGGACGAUGCUGUCGAAGAAUACCAGCACUACUGGAGCAUUCACGCCAAGGGUGAAAAUGUUGAAGACGUGUUGAAAGAAGCAGAAGACACUGGUAUUACUACAGCUGUACAUCAGGGUCACAGCGGACGCCCCAAAGUGGCAGAGAACGAUGCCAUUCAGCCUGGGAAUGAGAAUGUCUCAAUGACCAUUGAUGAGCAAACUUCCGAGUCUGCUCCCGAGCCUUCUCAGCCAGUGGAAGAUUCCAAUCCUGCGGUUUCCACGCCUGUUAUUCCGAUGCCUCAUCCAGUCAUGGCAAAUGUCCAAGAUGAGUCGUUGAAGAAUCUCAUGAUGUCAUGGUAUUAUGCAGGCUACUACACAGGACUUCAUGAAGGCCAACAACAGGCAAGCGGCGACAAAACCUCAUGA